GCGGCUGAACAUACAAAGACGGGCGCAGAUGGCUCAUGACUUGAUGAAAAAAAAUUUCUCAGUCAGUCUCUCAUUCAAUCUUUCGCCCAUUUCUUUCGCUCCCUCAUCGAAGAAAAAGUUGUCAGUCCAAUAUCACCCGAUUGAGUCGGACGAGAUCGAAGACUGCACCGAAGAUUCCAUCGAGCCACGCUGCACAUCCCCCGGACUUUUUGGCGCCGACAAGACAUUUAGAGGCACCUGGCGCACAGGCACAUGCGGCGUCGCCCCCAGUCGACCUUAGUUAAAGGCACCCACUGAAGUUUUGGUGCUGCCCUCCCCAGAGUGUCCCGGAGUCUAGCGAACUGCGCCCUUUGGCCGGACCUUACCUCAUCUCCCCACCUGCGCCCCGAUCUCGCCUAUUCGCCCAGUUGGUGUCCCGCUGCCCGCUGCGCGCUGCGUCACCCACUAUUUUCUUUCGAUUCUUGGUCGCAGCAUCAUGCCAUCGCGCAUUCAAAUUCACCACGGCACCUCGACCUCUCCACGACAGGCACCCAGUACUGUCAACGACGUCGUCAAUGCCCUUCACCGCAAAUUGACAGCCAACCAUUUCGAAAUUUCCUCCAACCCCCCCUCGAGAAGACCCUCUUUCUCAAUGGAUUCCUUACUCCAUCCCAAGAAAGACAAGAAACACGAGGAACUCAAAGACCGUGACUCGCGAAACCAGAAGCGUCUGUCGCUGACCGGUCGCCAUGCCAGCAAAUCCAAGGACAGGGCCGCGGGUCAUUCUCCCAGAGUCGUGGCCACUCAGCCCGGUCGGUUUGAAAUGGUUAUUGAGUCUCCCCCUCUAGUACUGUACGGAACCCCGAGCACCUCCACUGGAGCACUGCUUUCGGGUCGCUUGAAGUUGCUCGUCGACGAUCCGACCCGUGAACUGCGUCUGGAGAAGUUCACCAUGGUGCUACGAGCAACCAUCACUACCAAGAAGCCUGUUGGCAAAGACUGCAAAGACUGCAGUGAGAGAAUCGACGACAUCAAGAAGUGGGAGUUUCUUUCCGAACCAAAGACGUUCUACGCAGGCGACGACAACCAAUUCCCCUACUCGUAUCUGUUCCCUGGUCAUCUACCUGCCUCCACACAGUCGCAACUGGCUACCAUCCAGUACUCACUCGUGGCUACCGCGACCACUUCUCAUGGAGAGAAGAUUGUCUUGAACCAUCCGCUCACCCUUUCACGCGCAAUCCAGCCCGGCCCUGACAAGUCCAGCAUCCGAAUCUUCCCGCCGACAAACCUUACUGGCCGUGUUCAGCUACCUCCCAUCGUCCACCCCAUUGGCGUCUUCCCAAUCACCAUGUCGAUGAGCGGCGUCGUGGAGAAGAGAGCCGAAAGCCAGAUCCGAUGGCGGUUGAGGAAGAUGGCUUGGCGGAUUGAAGAGCACUCCAAGGUCAUCUCCACCCCGUGUUCGAAGCACGCUCACAAAGUCAGUGAAGGAAAGUCGAUCUUGCACUCCGAAACACGGGUGCUGGGGAACGAUGAGUUGAAAGGCGGCUGGAAGAGCGACUUUGACACCAUUGGCGGAGAAAUCACCAUGGAGUUCGAAGCAUCUGUAGCUACUAAAUCGGGUCACAGGGCCACUUGUGAUGUCGAAUCUGCCACAGGGAUCGAAGUCAAGCAUAACUUGGUCCUCGAGUUGAUCGUCGCCGAAGAAUUCUGCCCGAACAAAAACCCAUCCUUGGUCACUCCCACUGGCGCUGCUCGUGUGUUGAGAAUGCAGUUUGGCUUGGUCGUCACCGAACGGGCCGGUAUGGGCAUCAGCUGGGACGAAGAAAUGCCACCUGUCUACGAAGACGUUCCCCCAAGCCCACCGGGCUAUGGCAGCUCGGACAGAAAUGACGGAGCCUGGGGCGGCGCAAUCAUGGAAGAUUACCAUGGGCCGGAGCUCGAGUAUGAGGAUCUGGAAACGAUGCACAGUCAAAAUCCCCAUGGACCACCAUCUCCACGUACCAGCAACACAGGUCUCCCUAUGCGCGAUCGACCUCACAAUUCGACGAGAGAUAGUUCAAGCGGUGAGGGGCCGUCGAGGAGAUUGAGUCCUGUCAGAAGGCCCCUGGCGGGUCUGACGAACGACGAGUUGGGUGCAGAACCGCCUCAAUAUGCGCUGCGACCGAUGAAUGAGUCUCGAGAUGGUCAGCAACACAGUUCGGUUGAAGAUUAUGGGGAAGGGACCUCAUCGAGUGCGCAACGGGGAUGAAAAGAUUUUCGAAAGCGACUGAGACGGCAGCGACGAAAAUUCAUGCUGCGUUUUUUAUUACUACUGAUUCAUCGGAGUGCCAUACACUUCAACUCACGAUACGAACUGGUAACGACACGACACGAAUAUUUUGAUUUGGUCACUUUUGCCGAAACUCUCUACGGGGGACAGCUUAUGGGCGGCUGCUUGUUUCUGACACUUUUUCGACCACAGAAAGCAUUGAUGAUACCCAGCAUGCAUGGUUCAAGACUGACGGCGAAGCAUUUGUUUGAUUUGAGGGGACAAGCGGACCCUCGGUAUGGAAGCGAGCGUAUGUGGGUUGGCUGCUCAACGUCGCUAUGGGAGUCAUGGGGGUUUUCUCUCCUCUUGUUGUCAUGUUUGGUUCUCGGUACUCGCUGCAAGCAUAUACGGAGUAAUGAUACGAGGCUGCAGCAGGUGGCUAGCAGCAGGUCUGGCAGGGGGAUAUGUCCCUCGCCGUUUUCCCACGCCUUUUACCUCAUUUCGAAACCUGGUUUCCUGUGGCUGGCUGGCUUCUGUGCCCUUUGGAUGGAAAAACGAACAAGGCCGUGGAGUCCCCCAGGGUUGCAUCGUCGCUUUGAUGACGUCCAGCGGGAGGGAAACAUUCAACCACCGCUGGAAUGCCCCUGCUGCUCGGAAGACUCGUCCCUAUUCUCUGCUCGACUACCUAGGCUGGUGCCGGUGUAGGCCAUCUGCCGGUCUAUCAGAGCAUGGAACUAAUACGAACGAGUACAUACAUAUCUUGUUGGAAAAAUAGACUUUUUGCUCUUUUUCAAA